AUGAUUGAUACUUUACGCUAUUCCGUAAUGACACGCAAAGCUGGCACAAAAGAUGAAUGUGAAAAAAUAGUAGAAAGUGGGGCUAAAAAGGUAGCCAUGGACCAGAUUAAAAUAGCAGCCAAUAAUGUGCAGGAAGAGGUCGGGAGAUCCAAGACAGACCUUACCUAUUUCAGAGUUCUGCCUAGACCAGGCCCCUUUCAAAAAGCCAGGUCCAACGCUGUGCAUAUGCUGCUGCUUGCUGGAAGUUCUCUCCAUCCCUGGGCUACAUUCAGGAGACAACUUCUAGAACGUGGAGAGCUCAUGGUGUCAGAGAGCCUCCCCAGGGCUCUGGGUUCUGACUUAGAUAAUGGCAGUGUUUCCAGUGAUCUGAAACAUGAAGCUGAGAGGAUCAAUAACAUAAAUAUACUUGUUUGCACUCCGGGUCGGCUUCUUCAACAUAUGGAUGAAACAAUAUGUUUUCAUGCUACCAAUCUCCAAAUGUUAGUUCUUGAUGAAGCAGAUAGAAUCUUGGAUAUGGGCUUUGCUGAUACCGUGAAUGCUAUUAUUGAAAAUCUUCCCAAGAAACGGCAGACUUUACUUUUCUCAGCUACACAAACCAAGUCUGUAAAGGACCUUGCACGCCUAAGUUUGAAAAACCCUGAGUAUGUGUGGGUUCAUGAAAAAGCAAAAUACAGCACCCCUGCCACUUUGGAACAGAACUACAUAGUUUGUGAGCUGCACCAAAAAAUAAGUGUAUUAUAUUCCUUUUUGAGAAGCCACUUGAAGAAGAAAAGUAUUGUAUUUUUCUCCAGUUGUAAAGAGGUUCAGUAUCUGUACCGAGUGUUCUGCCGGCUACGUCCUGGCAUCUCUAUACUUGCCCUGCACGGCCGCCAGCAGCAGAUGAGAAGGAUGGAAGUCUACAACGACUUUGUCCGCAAGAGAGCUGCUGUGCUCUUUGCUACUGAUAUUGCUGCCAGGGGGCUGGAUUUCCCAGCUGUGAAUUGGGUUCUUCAGUUUGAUUGUCCAGAGGAUGCCAACACAUAUAUUCACAGAGCAGGUAGAACUGCCAGGAAUCUGGAAUUCUGGUACACAGCAGACAAAGUGGCACCAAACUUGACUUCGAUCUACAAAAGGAAAAGCAAUGGCAUCUACAUCAUAAAUCUGAAGAGAACCUGGGAGAAGCUUCUGCCAGCAUCUCAGGCUAUUGGAAGCCCAGUUGAUGUAAGUGUCAUAGGCUCCAGGAAUACUGGCCAGCUGGCUGUGCUGAAGUUUGUGACUGUCACCAGAGCCACUCAUAUUGCUGGCCACUUCACACCUGGGACAUUCACUAACCAGAUCCUGGAAGCCCUCUAGGAGCUGAGACUUCUGGUGAUUACUGAUUCCUGGGCUGACCACCAGCCUCUCACAGAGGCAUCUUGUGUUAACGUGCCUAUGUUGCUCUGUGUAACACGGACUUCUCUGUGCUAUGUGGAUGCUGCCAUCCCAUAUAAUAAAGGAGCUCACUCAGUGGGUCGGAUGAGGCGGAUGCUGGCCCAGGAAGUUCCAAUGCAUGGCACAUUCUCCUGUGAGCACCCACAGAAGGUCAUGCCUGAUCUCUCCUUCUACAGAAAUCCUGAAGAGAUUGAAAAGGAAGAGUAGGCCACUGUUGAAAAAGCUGUGACCAAGGAGGAAUUUCAGGGUGAAUGGACUACUGCAGCUCCCAGAUUUACUGCUACUCAACCUGAGGUUGCAGACUGGUCUGAAGGUGUGCAGGUGCCCUCUGUGACUAUUCAGCAGUUCCCCACUGACGAUUGGCGCGCUCAGCCUGCCACUGAAGACUGGUCUGCAGCUCCCAUGGCUCAGGCCACUGAAUGGGUAGCAACAACCACCGAGUGGCCCUAA